AUGAAGCUUAUAUCGAUCGCUGUAUUUUCAUUAUUUUCAACUGCAGUCAUUGCUCAUCCAUACAUCAGUGAGUCAUCAAUUAAUCUCGAAAAGCGAGCAAUAGGCGACGACGUAUCUGAAACACAACAUCAGAAUAAUGAAUCGAAUGAUGAUGUUGGCUCUGUGGUUCAAGUAAAUGAACAAGUUACUGACACAAGCCAAUCCACUGCAGACUCUAGCGUUUUGGACAAUCUUGAUUCUAAACAUCUCGCUGUAUCCAACGAUCAACAACAUACUAGCGACUCUGACUGUCAGCUCUGCAACUUAUCGCCAAACAAAGACUCGACCCCUCAAACUGAUGCCCAAAGCUCGUCUUUAUCAUCUGAUGGCUAUUGCGAUACUGGCUCUAAAUUGCUUGACAUCUUUAUGUAUAUCUGUGGAUGGACUGAAAUGACACUACAACAGCAAUUGAAAGAAAUCGAAGCGACUAUGACAUAUCUUGGAAUGUCUAUUUCAGACGAUACUGAAUUUGAAUGUCCGCUCAAUAUAAACAUGGAUUUGUUAAAAAGUCGAGCGCAGGCUGCUUGUAAUUUGGAAACAAUGCUUCAAGAUUAUUGGGAAAAUGGAAAACAACAAAUGCUAGAAUUAGCACGGAAUCAACUCGUAUUGAAUCUCGACAUACUCAAGAUGUCAUCACAGGAAAUCAUAGUCAAUUCUGGUAAAACAUUAAAAUCUUGCUUAAAACCAGAACGGUGCGCGUCUUUUAAACAAUAUGGCUCAAAGCAGUCCGAUUAUGAAAGUGAUCAGUUGCCAUCAAGAAAUACUCGAAUAAAGUUUACGACCAAAACAACCAGGAAGUUUAUCAAAAACAAGAAAAUACGGAAAUAUGGCAAAGAUGUCACCAGGAACAUUCUAGACGAUGAAGAUUCAGACUCAGACUCGGAUUCGGAUUCAUACUCAGAUUCAGAUUCGGACUCAGACUCAGCUUUGUACUCAGACUCGGACUUGGAUGAAGGCUUGGACUCGAAUGAAAAUGAAAAUGGAAUGCAAGUGGAAUUCGACGAAAAAACCAACGAGAGGCUCAACAAGGUACAUGAAAAGUUCAGUUCAAUGUUCAAGGUACCCGAAACAAAUAUCAAGCAUGAUACCCAACAAAACACACACGAGUCUGAAUCCACCAGCAACGAGCAAGAAACAACACUUUUGAACAAGGAUUUUGAACAAACCAAAGAUAAUACCAAGACGAUCGAAUGUCCCAAUCAAGGUCCAUCACAACCUAAAACAAGAUUCACGGUUUCUCCUGUCGAUGAACCAGAAACCAAGUCCGAAACACAAAGUUCAUCACAAUCUAAAACAAGAUUCACGGUUUCUCCUGUCAAUGAACCAGAAACCAAGUCUGAAGCACAAAGUUCAUCACAACCCAAAACAAAAUGA